AUGAAGUUCACGUUGUCAGCAGCGCUCUCGGGCGCUCUUGUCCCGUUGGCUGCGGCAUUCCCUUUCAAGUUGGUCGAGAAGAUGCAGAAUGACCCCGAACUGCAAGCACGUAGUCUCGACAUCCUGAACGAAAAGCGACAGCCCGGCGCAGAUGCUGCAACGGGCCUCUUUGAGGCAGUGCCGACGUUCGAUGCUGCCAAGCAGUAUAUCGAUAUUGGCCGGGGCAGUGGUCAUGAGUGGCAAGCACCCGGUCCUCACGACCUUCGAGGGCCUUGCCCAGGACUGAACGCCUUCGCCAAUCAGUGAGUCGAGAACCAUGAUGGGCACGUUGGCGCCCUUGCUGACACCGACACAGCGGUUUCCUCCCGCGCAACGGCUAUGCCACGAUCCAACAAUAUAUUGAGGUCACGGAACAAGUCGUGGGAAUGGGCAACGAUCUCGCCGAGUUCCUCGCUGCACUGGGUGCCGUCAUCGACAGCGGCGACCUCAUGGCAUGGUCAAUUGGUGGCACUCCUCCGCCGGGAAUUGGAGGCCUCGCUGCUCAGAACGGAAAUGGACUGUCGGGAUCCCACAACAAGUGAGUGUAGCUACGUCUUGAAGGCACCUCCUUACCCCUCGACACUCACUUACCUCCCAUCUCUCUCCCUUUGCAGAUACGAGAACGAUGUCUCGCCAACCCGACCAGACUUGUACGAGUCUGGUAAUAACUACAUCACCUCGGCCGACCAGUUCCAGGACAUGAUCGACGCAUCACCCGGUGGUGUCGUCACGCUCGACAGCCUUGGCACAUACCGUGCCCAGCGCUUCGCACGCCAGAAGGCACAGAACCCAUACUUCUUCAACGGUCCAUUCACUGGUACCGUCGUCCAGCCUGCCGCGUUCACCUUCAUCUACCGCUUCAUGGCCAACCACAGUGCUGAAGAUCCCAUCGGCACCCUGACCUACGAUGUCCUACAGAACUGGUUCGGUAUUCAGGGUGAGAAUGGAGCAUACACCGCGCCUUUUGGCUGGGAGAGCAUUCCAGACAACUGGUACAAACGUUCCUUAACGGCUCCUUAUACCAUCGAAUACUUACUUGGCGAUAUUGUAUGUCUCCAGAAACCAUGCUCAUCAUUGUUGCUGGAGAUCAACUGCUGACUUUCUUUCGUAGCUCAGCGUCGCUGCUCUGCACCCCGAGCUCCUCGACAUCGGGGGCAACCUGGACGGGAAGGGCAACAACUUUGCUGGCGUGGACCUCAGGGACCUCACCGGUGGAGUCUACAACAGCGGCGAUCUCCUCAGGGGCAACAACCUGGGUUGCUUUGGUUUCCAAUCUGUCGCACAGGAGAAGGGCGACCUCCUCUCCGCCCCUGUUCUCACCCAGCUGCAGGACCUGCUGGGAAGCGUCGUGUCGCAGCUGGGCUGUCCGCGACUGGAGAGGAUCGACAAGAAAGAACUGGAGCAGUUCCCCGGCUACAUGAGGGCACCUGCAUACAAGAACAAGGCAAGAAAGAGGGAGGUUGUCAAUGGCGAGCUUCACUAG